AAUAAUAUGAAACAAAGGGUUAAACCUAAAAUUAAUUGCUACAACUGCGCAUGGCGGUUCCGAGUUUGUGAUGAUAAACUGCAGCCAUAGCAACUACGUUAUAAGUUAAGGCUGUAUUUACAUUUUUCACCUUCAUGUUCAGUUCAUGAAUAUGUACGGAACUGAAGACCGUGUGCUUAAUAAACUUUCAGAAAAAUAUCACAAAAUUUUCGAAAAUAUUUAACUUAUUAUCAAGCUUAUUGAAAUCAUUUAAAAACAAUCAAAAAUCUUUAAUAAUGACCCAAACAAAUUUUGGUACGGAUAAACUCAGUGGUGGACGUUCGGUUACCGAAGAAAAGCUUCUGGUUGCAGUGCGAGUCAGACCUCUACGAGCUGACGAAGGUUCACGGAUCGUUCAUGUUGUUAGUGAUAAGAUGCUGGUUUUGGAGGAGGAGACAGACAGUCGCCGCGAUGUUCUCAGACAGCGUCGCAUCAAUGAUAAACAUUAUGUCUACGAUAAAGUUUUUGGCGAAAGUAGCACGCAGGACGAAGUGUACGAUGCCGUAUGCGCUCCGUUGGUUGGUGAUACCCUUAAUGGAAUAGCUGGUGCCGUAUUUGCAUAUGGCGCUACCGGGGCUGGCAAAACGCAUACGAUGACGGGUUUGAUGUCGCGUGCCUUGAGCCAUUUAUUCAGCGCGAUAGCCAAGAGUGAGAACCCUGAUUCAUUCGAGGUAAAAAUGUCCUAUAUUGAAAUUUACAAUGAGAACAUUCGGGACUUGCUGAACCCCAGUGUGGGUCCUUUGGAGUUGCGGGAUGAAGGUGGUAGUGGAGCACCCGUGGUAGCCGGACUCAGUGAGAUUCGAGCUACGGAUGCUGCCCAUGUGGCUGAGCUUUUGGCCAGAGGAGAUCGAUCACGGACCGCUGAACCGACCCAAGCGAAUCAACAUUCGUCUAGGGGUCAUGCUCUUCUCAGUGUGUCCAUAAACAAAUCGGUGUCAGCCGGUUUGCAACGUGGCCGCCUUUUUCUCAUUGACCUCGCUGGUUCUGAGCGAGCCGGUUCCAAGGCCCGAAGACUGGAAGGAGCUCAUAUCAACCGUUCUCUUCUUGCCCUGGGAAAUUGCAUCAUGGCGCUUUCUGGUGGUGCAAGAUAUGUUAACUAUCGGGAUUCGAAGCUAACACGUCUUUUACGGGAGGUAUUGGGCGGGCGGUGUCGUACGGCGAUGAUAGCCCACAUUUCUCCCGCAGCAGAGCAUCGUGAUACAACGCGUUCGACAUUGCAUUACGCGCAACGUGCGUCUACUAUCACCAAUAAGGUUGAACGUGAAUUAGUUCAAACUCCAAUGCACUUGUCGCAGUAUCGCAGCGUGAUUAAUGAACUUCGCGAAGAAAUCGCGAGGCUCAAAGUCAAAAUGAAGGAUGACCGUUCAAGUAAAACAAUAGAUGACAACCAACUAAUAGAAGAAACCAAAGACAAAGAAGAGAACACAGAAAAUCUAAAAUCAUUACGAGAUGCAAUCGUUUCAACUUUCAAACAACAGAUGCGUUUGCGUAGACGGCUUAUGGAGCUCGAUAGUCAUCUUUUGGGUUUAGCAUUGGAUGCAGAAAGACAGCACGCGUCUAUAUCACAUUGGGAGGCUCGCUUUAAUAGGCUGUAUAAACCUAUUAGUUUAACGGGUUCGCGGCUAAGCACACAGCAAAGUUAUAGAGGUGUGACGGGGACGUCAAGCGGGAACAGCGAGCGGGCGGAAGCGGAAGUAGCGGUGGAACAAGCGUGGGCGGAACUAGCGGCCGUUGAAAGAGAGCAAGAAGCCGCAAGGUCCGAAAGGGAUCGAGUUGAGAGGCUUUUAGAACAAGUCAGGCUUCGCGGGGCCCAGUUGGAAAAGGAACUUCCAGCCCACAUAACAAGUGGCCCAGAGCGCGAAGUGCUUUCCCUAGUAUGCAGAGUUCAUGAGUUAGAAGCAGAUAAACUAGCGUUACAAGGCGAAAGAGCAGCGCGUGCGCAUGAAUUACGGAGACGCGACAUGGCUUUACAAAGGAGAGACGCCCAAAGACGACUCACUGAUGAGAUUAUUACCAGGCAACGAAGGAUACUCGAAGAGGCAGGCGUUGCAGUUCAGUCUGACUUGGGUCAACUCUACGAAUUAUAUCAACAAGAAAUUCAUGCAUCGACGUACACGGAGACCAGUGAUCUGUACACUCCAUAUCGUCUACCACCUAUUUCCUCAAGUAUGUCAGAGUUGACCUGGUCCGAAAGUUCAAGUGGGUCCGGUCGUGGGUCAAGUUCUGGCUCUGGAGGAACUUUGGGAUUGGGAUUAGAUCGUUUGCCCAGACUGGCCCCAACACCACGCCCGCGCACUAGAUACAGUCACGCAAGCGCCACAACACUUAAACGAUACUCAAGUGAUGACAGUAUAGUGAUGGCGCCUCCGCGGAACAACGAUAAUAGCAACCCUUGAGUAUAACUUGUAUCUCUUGCCAAUUGAUCAAGACAAAAAUUAAAGGAUAUAAAAUAAUUGAAAUAAAUCCUUUAGUUAGUAUUUUUUAUCUUGAAAACUCAAAGGAGUUCGACGUCUGUUGUCAUUUGUUAUCUUUCUAGUCUAUGUCCACGCAUAUAUAUUUGGAUAUAUAUUAAAGUGUCAAUUGUCACCUAUAAAAAUGUUGCUUGUAAUUGUAAAACUAGAUCAGUUUAUAUACGAAAUCAUUAUUAAUUUAACCUGUUGUGAAACAAAUUGGUUUUAUAUAGACAGUGUGAUAGAAUAUGUCCGUUGAUUGUUUUUAAAUGUUAUAAAGUGUUAAACGCUAUAGGAAUUUUAAUAAAAAAAUAUAUUGAUUUAGACACAUUUCGUUACU